AUGGAGGACGGAUUCUCCAGCUACAGCAGCCUCUAUGACACGUCCUCGCUGCUCCAGUUCUGCAACGAUGACAGUGCCUCUGCUGCAAGCAGUAUGGAGGUAACAGACCGCAUUGCUUCUCUGGAGCAGCGUGUCCAGAUGCAGGAAGAUGACAUCCAGCUGCUCAAAUCUGCCCUGGCUGAUGUGGUUCGACGUUUGAAUAUUACAGAGGAACAGCAGGCCAUGCAGAACAAGAAAGGACCUACCAAAGCUAGACCGUUGGUACAAACACUGCCAUUAAGGACAACUGUUAAUAAUGGAACCGUGUUACCAAAGAAACCAAGUGGCUCUCUACCUUCCCCAUCAGGAACCAGGAAGGAAACUGUGUCACCAGCAACAAAGAGUCAUGGAUUAAACAGGUCUGUGAGUCUUCUCAAUGCAUGCAAACUGAAAAAAACUACUGUAAGUACUGUCAAAAGAACCAGCUCAGCUGAACGUGUAUCCCCAGGAGGUCGAAGGGAAAGCUAUGGAGAUUCCAAAGGCAGCCGCAAUCGCACUGGUUCCACCAGCAGUUCUUCUAGUGGUAAAAAGAACAGUGAGAACAAACCCAAGGAACCAAUGUUCAGUGCAGAAGAAGGAUAUGUAAAAAUGUUUCUGCGUGGACGUCCUGUUACCAUGUACAUGCCCAAAGAUCAAGUGGAAUCUUACAAUUUGGAAGCAAAAGUAGAACUACCAGCCAAGAGGCUUAAACUGGAAUGGGUCUAUGGGUAUAGGGGUCGGGACUGUCGCAGUAACCUAUACCUACUUCCAACGGGCGAAACUGUGUAUUUCAUUGCAUCAGUAGUUGUGUUAUACAAUGUUGAAGAACAACUUCAGAGACAUUACACUGGUCACAAUGAUGAUGUGAAGUGCCUAGCUGUCCAUCCUGACCGGAUCACCAUAGCAACGGGUCAGGUUGCAGGUACCUCUAAGGAUGGAAAACAAUUACCACCCCAUGUACGUGUUUGGGAUUCUGUUACUUUGAAUACACUGCAUAUCAUUGGGAUGGGCUUUUUUGACCGUGCUGUCACCUGCAUUGCUUUUUCUAAGUCUAAUGGAGGAAGUAACCUUUGUUCCGUGGAUGAUUCAAAUGACCAUGUGCUUUCUGUAUGGGACUGGCAGAAGGAAGAGAGGCUGGCAGAUGUCAAGUGUUCUAAUGAGGCGGUAUUUGCAACAGAUUUUCAUCCUACAGACACAAAUAUAAUAGUUACAUGUGGAAAAUCACACCUUUACUUUUGGAUGUUAGAAGGGAACUCCCUUAUUAAAAAGCAAGGAUUAUUUGAGAAACAAGAGAAGCCAAAGUUUGUCCUGUGUGUGACCUUUUCUGAAAAUGGUGAUACAAUUACAGGAGACUCAAGUGGAAACAUCUUAGUCUGGGGAAAAGGUACAAAUAGAAUAAGCUAUGCACUUCAAGGAGCCCAUGAGGGUGGCAUUUUUGCACUUUGUAUGCUGCGAGAUGGUACACUGGUAUCAGGAGGCGGAAAAGACAGAAAACUAAUAUCUUGGAAUGGGAAUUAUCAAAAACUUCACAAGACUGAGAUUCCAGAGCAGUUUGGUCCAAUAAGAACAGUAGCAGAAGGGAAAGGUGAUGUUGUGUUGAUAGGCACUACUAGAAACUUUGUUCUACAAGGCACUCUAUCAGGAGACUUUUUUCCAAUUACCCAGGGUCACACUGAUGAGCUAUGGGGACUAGCCAUCCAUCCCUCUAAACCUCAGUUUUUCACUUGUGGACAUGACAAACACAUUACUCUCUGGGAUGCUACCAGUCAUCGUCCUGUCUGGAACAAAAUUAUAGAGGAUCCAGCACAGUCUUCUGGUUUUCAUCCUUCAGGGUCUGUUGUUGCAAUAGGAACACUAACUGGAAGGUGGUUUGUGUUUGACACAGAAACAAAAGAUUUGGUCACUGUACACACAGAUGGAAAUGAACAGCUGUCUGUAAUGCGUUAUUCGCCAGAUGGAAACUUCUUGGCAAUAGGUUCCCAUGACAACUGUAUCUAUAUAUAUGGUGUUAAUGAAAAUGGGAGAAAAUAUAGUAGAAUUGGCAAAUGCUCAGGUCAUUCCAGCUUCAUUACUCACUUGGACUGGUCUGUUAAUUCACAGUACCUUGUGUCCAAUUCAGGGGACUAUGAAAUCUUAUACUGGAUCCCCUCUGCUUGUAAACAAGUAGUGAGUGUUGAGACUACUAGAGAUAUAGAAUGGGUUACCUACACCUGUACUUUAGGAUUCCAUGUUUUUGGGGUAUGGCCAGAAGGUUCAGAUGGAACAGACAUCAAUGCUGUCUGUCGAUCACAUGAGAGAAAACUGCUAUCAACAGGGGAUGAUUUUGGCAAAGUACAUCUCUUCUCUUAUCCGUGUUCACAAUUUAGGGCUCCAAGCCAUGUGUAUGGUGGACAUAGUAGUCAUGUAACUAAUGUAGAUUUUCUGUGUGAAGACACCCAUCUCAUCUCCACAGGUGGAAAAGAUACAAGUAUUAUGCAGUGGCGAGUCAUUUAG